AUGGUGAUGCCAACCGAAACUGAAAGCCCAAUAUACCUGAUGGUUAGGGCAGAUGAAACGAUUUUUUGGUACGUUAUUGAAAGGAAAUCCACGGCGGCGACGGCAGAAAAUGAUAACAACAACGAAGGGAGGAACAUUAUAGUGCUGCGUGAGAGCGAAAGAGACAGAGUCCGACAACUCAAUCUGCCUAGUUUUGGGGGCGAAGGGUUGGACUGGAUUGACUUCAGCAGGCUUGUUGCCGUGAACCGCCGCUUGUACCUCAUUGGCAGUAUCAUUGGGGACACAAAUAAAAUCGGUAGGGUCGGGUUGAGGUACAUUGACUUGGAUGCUACUCCGACGCCGAUCUGGCAUAUUGGGGGCGGAGUUAAUAGCGACAGACAAGGCGGGGCUAUUGCUCGAGAGGAUGGCUGGAUCUUUACUUCGGGAGAUAACCUCUACCGUGUGAAUCAUCCUAGUGGCGACUCCACCAAGUUGCCGAAAAAGGAAGGCCUGACAGGAGAAGUACAUAUGCUUGGUGUUACUAUGAGUAAUAUUUUGGUUUAUAACCCCAUGUUAGAUUACAACACCAUGUACUCCAUAGAUUUGAGAUCUAACCGCUGGGAAGUCAUUUGCGACAGAUUUUGGGGUGUAUGGUCCCCUGGGGUGAUACUUUUUGACGACUCGCUUUUGUUCUCCCUUGGAACGCAAAACCCAUCAUCGGAAAGAGAAUCCCCUGGUUUUAAUGCUCGACCAGGGGUAUAUGCGUUUGAUAUUCGUACUCGUAGAUGGUUGUCCAGCCCACUUGAGGGCCUGAAAAAUGAGGUAGGCCUUGAAAAUUUUGACCCUGACCUUGGCCUUGAGACAGUCCUUCCCAGUGAGGGUCCAUAUGACAGUGGAGAUGUACUCUUCCCUACGGAUGAGCCUGUAGACCUAUUCAAGCCAUGGUGGGUUCCACUGUCGUUGGUUAAAGUUGGAGUCGAGAAUGGCCACCACAAGUUGGGUUUGGUAUGGGAUCGCAUGAUCAUCCACGACAACGAUGUAAGGUCUUGUCAAAUUCAUUGGUGCAAGUUCAAGAUACUUACCCCUAAUGGUGGUGAUAUAUUAAAGGCUGAAUUGCUGUCAAGUGGAAUAUGCAAUCUAGAUGAAACCACUUACAUGGUGAUGAAUUGCACAGCAGGAUUGGUAGUUGCACCAGAUGAGGGCAAUGAAGAAGAGAAGGGUGAUAAAAGAAGAGAAGGGGUCACUGCACCAGAUGGCGGUAAUGAAGAAGAGAGUGAUAGUAAAAGCAGAAGAGGGGUAAAUGCACCAGACGACAGUAAUGAAGAAGAGAAGGGCAAUGAAAGAAGUGGAAGCUGCUUCCCAACAAAUCAGAUAGGGGAAACUCGCUGA